CCGACAGCUAUGACAGAAACAGUAUGCCUCUCUUUACAACUCGCAUUCCUGCAUAACAAUGCCUCAUUUGACGUCUUAUAAAAUACAGCUCACUUGAAUCAUCAUUUGCAAUCCGGCUCUUUCUUUGAUACUAUUGACAGCCGAUUUCACACCAUGCCCAACGAAACCAUCUCAGCUAGCUGGCAUACAGAGACCAAUGGGAAUGCCUCCCCCAAAUGCAAAGAGGAUUUUCACCAUCCUCAGGUAGUUUUACUGCCGCAGCACAAUCAUCUGCUCUCUCUAAUGACCAUACUCCGUGACGCCGAUACUACGGCUUCACGGUUCGCUCAAGUAGUGGAAAGGGUGGCAGAGCAGCUCGUCGGCGCAGCUCUCAAUCUCCUCCCAACUGAGAAGGCGGACGUCAUUAGCCCCACGAGGACCACGUACCGAGGUGUACGACAGACCCAAGCUGUUUGCGGAGUGAGCAUACUCCGGGCCGGUGCGAGUCUUGAGAAUGCCGUGCGCCGUUGCUACACCGGUCCUCUUAGCUUCGGCAAGAUAUUGAUCCAACGUGACGAGACCACAUGUCUCCCCUCUCUUUUGUAUUCAAAGCUUCCAUUUGGUAUUGAAACUAAGACGGUUCUGAUCCUGGAGCCGAUGUUGGCAACUGGUGGCUCGGCGUGCACAGCCAUCGAAGUCAUUAAAGCUCGCGGUGUUCCUGAAGAGAACAUCAUCUUCGUUAACGUUCUAGCAUCCCAGCGCGGGAUCCAGGCUGUCUUCUCUCGGUUUCCGUCUAUACGUUUAGUCACUGCAGCGGUAGAUGAGGAGCUUACUCCCAGAAGUCAUAUCGAUCCAGGCUUAGGUGACUUCGGCGACAGAUUUUACGGGACCGAGGGCUGAGGCUGUUGUAGUAGACGUAAAUGUCCGGGACAGCGAGGCCAUGAUAGUGCGGUUCAUAUUUGUUUAAAUAACCCCCUCUUAGCUUACUAGUCAUCACAACCAAUCUAUGAGCAUCGAAG